UAUUAUUGUAUUUUCUUUGUUAAUAUGUUCAUUAAAAAGUGUUGCAGAAACCAAUAAAUGAGAAAAAAAUGAGAACAUACAUGUUAUAUACAUAUUGUACGCUGCAAUCAAUGCACUAACCGUCACCGCGCGCGAUUUAGCCAGCGCGCCGCGGCCGAGCCUCGUGUAAUUUCGAUGCGGACGUCCGGACCUGAAGCCAGCCGGUGUCGAGUCGUCAGGAAAUCUGUAAGUUUUUAAUUGAUGUCAAUUAUCUGAUGAAAUUAAACAUAAAAUGCAGUUUGGCAUUUUCGUGAAAUAGUCCACCCCUCCUUAACAUUGACAGUUAACUUUACAUGCGUUUGUUUUGUUAGCGGCCGCAAGGACCUCGCUGAUCUCCUUACCAAUUAACGUUAGACCUAAACACGCAAAAAAAAAAUAAUAGGCUUAACGUUAGGCCUAAGGCCUAUGAACAGUGAAUAAUAAUAAAAUCUAAUUUAAAAAAAAAAGGCGGGACUAAGGCCUAUUUCAUGAUUUGGCUGGCAGUUUAAACUUUUAUUUUUUGUAGACUAAAGUUAUAUUUUGUUUUUUUUUGUGACUCUAGGCCUAGGACAUCACUUAGGCCGCAAACCUUGAGAAUUCAGGUCCAGAUCAUGCAGAUGGAGUGUGGUCAUCACUACCUCAGGUGAGGGUUCGUGUUUGGUCCUCUCCAAACAUCCUGACAUCCUGGACAUGAUGGAGAUGAAUUACAAGGUGUAUAAGGUUUCUCCAAAGCUUUAUAGAGAGUUGCAGGAGAUGGCGGAACUGAUGGGUGCAAAGGUCAGAAAACCAAAUCGCACUCAGGGAACCAGGUGGCUGGCACAUCUUGGAAAUGCUCUGGAUGCAAUCCUGAAAAACUAUGCCCCGCUGAUAAGCCACCUAGAGGAUCUUGUUGCAGACCGGCGAUCGAGUGCUGAUCUUCAAGGCAAAGCCAGACGCAUCCUGAAGAUCAUAACUGAUUUCCCGACACUUAAGUUCAUGUUCUUCUUGCAAGACAUCCUUGACAGUAUGAGCAAGCUGAGCAAGAAUCUACAAAAAGAUUCAUCUAGCCUUGCUGAAGCUUCACGUGCAGUAGAUGCAACCUCCUUCCAGCUUGGAAAUUUGGGAAGGGAGGCAGGGAAACACCUUCAGUCAUUCUUAGAGGAGAUGAGGGGAUCAGAUGACCAAACUUCAUUCAGGGGGCAUGAACUGAAGAGGGUUGAGAUGGAAGACAAAUUCGACAGAAACAGGUCAGAUGUGGUGAAUAAACUUCAGAGGCACCUCACCAAGCGCUUUGAAAGUUUAAGGCAAGACGAAGUGUCCGCAGCUACUACCAUCUUGAACACCAUCCAGUGGCCCCAAACAUCUGAUGAAUUGGAGUCGUAUGGAAAUACUUCAGUUGACUUUGUGUGUCGGCAUUUUAAGGCAAUCCUGGAGCAUCAUAAGUGUGAGUUGGAAAGCAUUAUGUAUGAGUGGCAGGAGGCCAAGCUAUACAUCUCUGGCCUCCCAAGAGCAAGACAGCAGAGUGCUUGGAAGGACAUUAUAAUGGAUGAAGAGCUGCGAGCAAAGAUUCCAAACUUACUUCACAUUGUGGAGAUACUUCUGGUUCUUCCCAUUUCUACAGCGGCUUGUGAAAGAGGCUUCAGUUGUAUGAAGCGGGUGAAAUCCGACUGGCGAUCAUCUUUGACAGUUGAUAUGCUCUCUAAGUUGAUGUUUGUUGUGUUAAAUGGCCCAGAGGUGAAAGACUUCAAUGCAGCCGGUGCACUCAAAGUAUGGUGGAAGUCAGAGAGAACACGGCGCACCGACUACAUGGAUUAGAUUACUUAACCAUGAGUGACGCAAAGUUCGCAAACAGUAACACCUAAAAUGACUUUGAAAUACACAACUCAGUAUUGCAGGACUUGAGUGCAAAGAAUAACUUUCAAACUAAAACUUAUCUUACUUUUAAUGUGUGUGAAAACUAAAAUGAUAUAUAUUUUUUACUUUUAUAAACAAAGAGUCUAAAGUUCAUUAGUUUUGUAAAUUAUAAUUAAGUAUAGUGAAAAAUGUAAAACAGGGUACCAUUGUGCAGUGCUGGUAUCAUCAUUAUUCAGUAUUGGGGUGUGGAGAUUGACAGUUGUCAAUUAUGCCAAUUCUCAGGCUUAGUACUUGCCAUCUUUAUCUUAAUACCGUCCGGUUUUACUGUCAUUGUCGUUGUGUGUGAAGUAUGUCAUCUUUAUUAGGGUGCAAUCGCAAAUCCUUAAGUUUAUGACUUAUGAGUUUAACCAGGCUAUAUCCAGCUAGGGGUGUGUUAACUAUUAACUUGCCAUAUUUGGGGGAAAUGUACUACAGGGCAUGUUUCAGUAUUGAGAGUAUGUAGACUGUAAACUCCAAAUACAUUCAAACCACAUGUGUGAGAUACAUUCAUUCGGUUAGUUUCAGAUUCAAAUUUAUAAACAAGGCUUUAUAAGAUUAUUUCUUAGUAAUUUUAUGUGAAAUAACAUGCAAUAUAAAAUAAGAUAUCAGGAAAUUGUGCAAAACAGGGUUUGUUCAUGUGGUGUGCCUGGGUGUGGACAGUGUACAGUAGCGGACCGUGACCCGGAGGAGACAAAGCAUUGGGGGGCA